AUGAGGAUUUGCAGAAGUUUCGGGGCUCGGGAGCUUUUGAAUAUACACCUAAAAUGUGUUGCAGCAAUACUCUGGAUCAUCACCCUGUACUCCUCGACUCCUCCACCAUCCAAGUCGAGAGUGAUGUCAUCCUAUUCAAUAGGGUUCAGCUUGAAGCCGAUUCUUGGUCCAAUCGAAGAAGGACCUGGUGUGCUCGAAGGACCGAUUCUCGGUACCCGUAAAUUGUUCUUGUUUUUCACCAUGACACCUGGAGCAGCUCCGACCCGCAGUGCCGGAGAAGGGGUCGUACGUCACCCCACUUCAGGCCUCUCGCUUACCUUAGGUCGAGGUGUGUCUCAUGACUCAUCUAGGUUUUCAAGUCUCACCCCCAAUCUGCCUUUAAGUGUUCCACCCAUGUUGAACGAGCUACUCAACUUGUUCAACUUCAUUUCAUCGACCCCCCCUGAGUUGAGCAAUAAUACUGGUGGAGUGCGACCUAUGAGCCUUACUAUCAAGGCAAGGCUGCUCAAAGGGCAGCAAUUUCAGCUGCAACAGCAACAAAUGCAUGAAAAAGGACAAUGCAACAUGAGAAAUUUCACGUCAUGGGUCAACGAGAGCAACAACUGGCUGGCAAAUGACAAUCAACAAACCGAGUUUCCAAAUGCAAAUGAGAUUAUCAAUAAUUGCGCAACUCUGGCUGAGGAUAUUACAUGGAAUGAUGGAUUGUGGGAUUUUAGCGAUUUGCUAGGGAGCAUCAACGAAAAUGAUGAUUUCCAGCAGAAUUUUGGCACAACUAACUACUGA